CCCUGAGCUCUGAGGUAAACGAAGAUGGCGUCGCGGUGGAGCGGAGCUUCUGGCGGAGGCGAGAAUCGGUUGGUGUCGCUGCCUUUGUCGCGGAUCCGGGUGAUAAUGAAGAGUUCGCCCGAAGUCUCGAGCAUCAACCCGGAUGCGAUCUUCCUCACCGCCAAGGCCACGGAGCUGUUUGUUCAGUAUUUAGCUACUUACGCUUACAAGCAUGGCCAGGGCAACGAGCACAAAACCCUGACAUAUACUCACCUGUCACAAGCAGUACAAAACUCUGACACUUUCCAGUUCCUGGCAGAUAUUGUGCCAAAGAAAAUCUUGGCAAGCAAAUACCUAAAAAUGCUUCAAAAAGAAAAAGAAGGAAAAGAGAUAAAGGAGGAAGAGGAGGAGGAAACGGAGGAAAGUGAGGCUGAAGAAGCAUCUUGACAAUAUAGCUUGUUUUAUGGAAUGUGAACACUCUUGAAUGGCUUAUGAUCAACUGAAUUCUUACAUCCUUGAACCAGUGUCAACUUUCAGAAUUAGAAUUGCCAAAUUAUGUACAAUUAUCUUGCAAAGACUUAUGGCAAAGACUUCCAAGUGGGACUGAGCAUAUUUGCAGAUCUUUGUUUUUCAUCUUCAGCUUAUAAACAAAAUAUAGAUGAUUGCUUUUAAUAUACCAAGUGUCCAUGUUAAGCAAAUACUGUAUUUUCAAUACAGAAUCAUCUUCAUUGCUCACAUUGGGCAAAUCUAAAAGCGGGCAAAUUCCUUUUACAUGCCAAUAUUAAAGUUUUCCUUCCUUUCAAUGUAAGUUGGUAAAGAGGGUUCAGAUUUCUUAAAAGCGAAUUGUUUAUAUGAAUAGUUGUAUAUGAGCUACACUAGGAUCUGUUGGUGUUCAAAUUGUCCAUGUUGAAAACAAAGUAUUUUCAAUAUCAUCAGUUCCUAUGUACAGUAAUGUUACACUCAUGUAAAUAAAAACUUGCAGUUUUGUAUGGAUAUUGGGAAAUUUGAAAAAAAGUCAAGUGUGAAUCCUUGUAUGGUUUGAAAUGACAUUUAUAUAGCACAACAUUGAAUAACAUGACAAAUACUUUUGGUAUCAAAAACACUUUUAACAUUUCUUUCACCUAUCAAACAUCAAGUGAGGCUUUGGUCAAUUUGUGUACGUAUCUGGAUAAAGACUGAGCAUUCCAACCAAACUGGUGCCAUUUCUGGGGUAGGCACUGAGCCGGUGAAAAGGUAAAAUUAACCCCUUUCUUUAAAAAGGGAAAUAAUGAUAGAAAAAUAUAAAUUCGAAUUAAAAGACGUGUUACCAGUGCCGCCUUCUUUUUGAAAAGGGGCUGGAUAGAUUUAUGGAGGAUAGAGGUGUUCACACCUACUUAUGUAGCCUAUUCCACCUAAACUUACGUGGCUCACAGCACACUUCCAACCAGUUCAGGAACUAAAGUUCUGAAGUAGGCAGCCAUCAGAAAAAGGGACACACUUAGGUUGUGUUUCCACCCGAUAAAUGAUAACAUGGUUUUCAUGGUUGGGCUGAUACAGUACAACCUAAACAGAUUUAUUCACUAAAAUGUGAAUUAAGCGAACCAUGAGUGGUGUGAACACAGUUAUUCUGAAUUAAGUUCUUGAGAUCGCAAACUCAUUACCUUCUACGUUGUAAACAAAACAUUUAUUGCCAAAGAGAGAUUUUUAUGGCAACAUUAAUUGGACCACACCGGUAGUCCCCAAAUUAUGACUACAAUUGGGACCAGAAUUUAUCGUGGCUGUUACGUGAAUUGUGCCCAAAGUUAUGAUCACUUAAGUUGUUCAAUGAAUCAUGGUGAUUAAGCGAAUCCGGCUUGCCUCAUUUGUGAGAAGCCAACUGUGAGGGUCACAAAUUGUGAUCGCAUGACUCCAGAAUGAGCAACUGUUGUAAAUACAGGCCUGUUGCCAAGCACCCAAAUUUUGAUACUGCUGUGGUUGUGAGUUUGAGGAACAGUUGUAAGUCACUAUUUUCAGUGCCAUUGUAAGUUUGAAUGGUCACUAAAUGAAUGGUCAUAAGUUGAGGAAUACCUGUAGGGUAAAAUUAUUGAAUACCAUUGUGAGACAUGCAAGAAAUCUGCUUUCCAAUGAUGGGCCACUGAACCAAACUAACAUUAACAUGGCUUUCAUCAGAUUGUGGAUUGUAAGUAGGGGAAGACUGCAAAUCCUGAGCUCUUUGAAUUAUUAGUGUUAGAGGCACAAAAAAAUACUUUUGAAUGUGUAAGUAUGAGUAAUUUAUUGACAUACUAUGAGGCAGAAACAAAAUUGACACCAUACAAAAUAACUUUAUAAAAUAUCAUUCACAUGUUUCAUCAAGAUUUACAGCAUUUUGAGCAUGUUAAAUGUCUUAAUGGUAUGGAGGUAAAAAAAAGAACACUAUGCUAAAUCUUUAGUAGCACUUUAUAGUAUAUAUAUAUAUAUACACACACACAAGGGGGAAAAACAAAGUAGAAGGUUAGUUUGUCAUCUUAUUGCCGAAGUAGUGCAAAGUAUUUUUACUAGCAAGCUGUAAAAACAAACAUGGAAAAAGGACUCACCCAAGCUUAAAAACAGGACAAUAAAUGUGGCAUUUCACAGUCUUUUUUUUUUCUUUUAAGCUUUCUUCUCCUUUUUCUCCCACUUGCCUUCCCAAAAUUAUUUUCUCCAUGUGGGGAAUGCAAAAGUCCACAUUAAGACAAUUGGAUCCACAGUGUAUUUUUAAGCAACCAAACUAAGGGUUGCUCAAAUUGGCUUGCAUACGAAUUCCAAAUAUGGCGCAGCUUUUGGUUUUGAGUGUGGCUCAGCUUUCAGGUAGGCUGAUUCCCAGCUGGUUUGAAACUUAGAUCAAUUCUUGGUCAAGAAAUCAUUCUUCGAAAUCAAAACUUUUGCUUUUUGCCCAGAUUUCGAUCGUGGCAAAACCACAGUCAUGCGAGUAUAUAUGUAUAUAUCAGAAGAGACCAUAUAUUGCCUGUUUUACCGUCUUGGGAUCCUUUUUCUUCAAUUUUAUUUGUGUUAAAAACAAAAACAGUCUAGAAUGCAAGGCAGACUUGAUAUCAACGUUGGACUAACACCAAGAAAGGAUCAGAGUAUCUAGCGAAGAGAGACCAAUUCUAAAGUCUUCAGCCGAGCCAACAAUAAAAAAAAUCGAUAAACUAGGUAGCCAAUAACAAUAACAACUAACAAAAGGACACCCCACCCUACCCUGCCCAAAAGCUCUAUGAAAUAAAAAGGAACAAAAUGCAGCAUUUUCAGGCUCGUGUUUCAACCUUGAGGUACCUGUAAGUCUUCUUACCUUCUGCCCAAAGGACUAUGGUAUAUUAAAAAACAUUUUAAAAUUCUUGACCGUAAGCCAAUUUACAGGACUUUACUGAAAAAGUGCAAUGAGACUGAUCGUGUAUCUGCAGCAUAUGAAAUUGGAUGGUUAAGUCUUUUAUAAAAUAUAGCUUUUCUAAGAGACCCGUUGGGGCAGUU